CUGCAAGAAAAGACGAGAGCUCAAAUGUGUCAGGACAGCAAACUGAACUUUCUCUGAAAACGCCAAGUGGUGUUCUGUGGAUUUCAUGGCUCUCCUCACCAACAUAGCCAUCCUGAUGGUGCUCGCUUGUAUUUCCCAUCAGAUGAUGUUGGGCAGCUGUCAGAGGAGCCAAGGACGUAGAGGACGGGGGGACAGAGGACAUCGCAAGGAAAGAUCAGGACUGAGUCGGGUGAAACCUGUUGGAGACAAACUGGUCACAAAAGAUGGUUCACAUUGCACCUGGUCUGCAACAGAAAAUGAUCCAUUGUUCCUCUUCGUCACUUGCAAAACAGGGGAAACCAGCUUCAUCUGUAGAUAUACGGGCAGACCAGCUCUUUGUCCCCAAUAUACAUCCAACACUUUACUCUACUGGAAGCAGAUUACCAGGGCUCUGAAGAAGCAAAACAGCCUGUGUCAUAAUGAAAAGUUAUUGGUGAGGGCAGGCGUGUGCAGACAAGCCCCCAGAGAGGCUCACUUCAGACUCGUAGUUGUGCAGAAGACGGUGACUGCCUCGCCUCACAUUCCAGCAGCUCCAGACACAAACGCCAAAUCCUGCCUGUCUAAGAACAAGAAACUGGCCAAAGAGUUCUGCAGUGAUUCCUGGUCUAGUGUUUGCACAUUUUUUUCCACCAUGGUGAACAAUUAUGAUUGCUGAGAGAGAAACAAGCUUGGCUUGUGUGAUCACUUCAAAACAUACUGUAUUUAAGUGUAUACUUCAUGUAGCUAGUGGUCUUGUAAAGCGAUUAUAAGAGACUCAACUUGUAAAGUGAUAGUCACUGCAUACUGGAAAUAAAAUCACACUCUUUAUUCUACUUGCAUAAAAAUAUGUAUUUAUAUGGUAGAAACUAAAAUGUUAUGUGAACAUUAAAGUAUUUCCA